CAUCUUAAGAAAUUUCAAAAACCGAGAUCAGAUGGUCUACGUCUGGAAUUUCGCUUCUCGCACAGAGUAGUGGAAUUCUCUACCACAGCACGUUAUAUCAGCACUUUUUUUGGUGUCUACAGUGCUUCAGACUGCAAGUAUUAAUAUAGGUCAAUCGACCUCCUAUCCUUACUACUGAAGACUUUCAGCGCUUUGUAUAAAAAGUGCGCCACGGGAAGGGGUUGGUUGUGGCUUCCUCUAUACUGACGUUCUAACUGAAAGGUGUCAGAAUUUUCCCUUUACGUAACUGCAAACUGUUGUUUCCACAAAUGCGAUUAAAAUCAGUUUCUACACAAUUAUAUCGCUAUUACACAUCUAGUUUUUGGAAAUUCUCCAACUAUCCUAGUAGAUGUUUGUAUACAUAUCCGUCGAGUACUCACAGAGUCCUUUGGAGUUUGAACACAAUGCAGCCUAAAAUCUUUUGCUGUUCAGACACUGUAACUAAUCCACAAUCAACACUGCCAGCUGCUGUCACAUCAGAUAACUCUGAAUUGUCAGAUGUUCAAGAUGAAAUUAAAGGAAAGAUGUACAUUGAAUUCACAUGCAAGAAGUGCGCUACUCGGUCAAGUAAAUAUUUUUCUAAGUUGGCUUAUGAAAAAGGCAUAGUUAUUAUUCGUUGUGAUGGGUGCCAGAGUCUGCAUCUAAUUGCUGAUAACCUGGGAUGGAUUAAAGACAAACAUUGGUUGGUUGUUCUUUCACUUUACAAAGUUAUUGUUAUUAAUUAUAGGAAAUUAGAGGAUUGCGUAAAGGUUAAUAAAAAAACAGUAUGUAUAGCUUAAAUGGACAUUUUAAGACAGAAACCACUGUGAUCAAGUUGAUUAAGCUUUACUUAUGUACAUCUGUAAGAACACACCAUCCAACAAGAUCAGUCUCCUCAGUCAAUGUAUCUUGAACUCAUGUUUACAUUGUACAGUGUAAAUAGAAUAAUAAAAUCCCUGAAGUUUUACUGA